CUUUACAAAAAACAAUGGCGUUAGCGGUUCGAACCCCAACCGCUAUCGCGCUUCUCCUUACAAUCACGUUUGCGUUCUCAGCCUCGCCGACGUCCGCAACACUUCGACAAGACUUCGUGAUGUGUUUGGUCGAAAACGCAGAUAUCGCGUUCCCGAUUUCGUCAGCGUUGUUCGCGCGCGAUGUAAACGCGACGCUGUACAAACAGGUGCUGGAGUCGACGGCGCAGAACCUCCGUUACUUGACAGCGUCAAGUCCAAAACCGGAGUUCAUAUUCGAGCCGCUGUACGAAACGCACGUUCAGGCCGCGGUUUUGUGCGGCAAGAAGUUGCGUUUGAAUUUGCGCGUUCGCAGCGGCGGUCACGAUUACGAGGGAGUGUCGUAUGUAUCGGAGAUGAAAACGCCGUUUGUGAUCGUGGAUUUGUGCAAGCUCCGACAGGUCGAUGUUGACGUGGACAGUAACAGCGCGUGGGUUCACGCCGGGGCUACUGUGGGCGAGCUCUAUUAUCGGAUCCAAGAGAAAAGCAGAAUCCAUGGUUUUCCGGCGGGACUGUGCACGAGCCUCGGAGUUGGCGGCCACAUCACCGGCGGAGCGUACGGAUCGAUGAUGCGAAAGUACGGACUCGGAGCCGACAACGUCCUCGACGCCAGAAUCGUCGCCGCCGACGGAAAAAUCCUGAAUCGCGCCGCCAUGGGAGAGGAUCUCUUCUGGGCAUUACGCGGCGGAGGCGGCGGAAGCUUCGGCGUGAUCCUCGCAUGGAAGAUCAAGCUUGUUCCGGUGCCGGAGACGGUGACCGUGUUCACCGUCACGAAGACGCUCGAACAAGACGGAACUAGGGUUUUGUACAGAUGGCAACAGGCCGCCGACAAGCUUGACGACGAUCUGUUCAUUCGUGUGAUUAUUCAGACAGCGAAGAAGAGUCCCAAGGGAAGCGAGAGGACGGUGUCGACUUCGUACCAGGGUCAGUUCCUCGGCGAGGCGAAUCGGCUGUUGCAGGUGAUGCAGAGGGGUUUCCCCGAAUUAGGGCUGACGAGGAAAGACUGUAUCGAAACCAGUUGGAUCAAAUCGGUAAUGUACAUUGCCGGUUUCCCGAGCGGCACCCCGGCCGAGGCCCUCCUGGCCGGGAAAUCGCUGUUCAAGAAUUACUUCAAGGCCAAGUCAGACUUUGUGAGAGAGCCGAUACCGGUCCACGGCUUGGAAGGGCUAUGGAAAAAGUUCAUGGAAGAGGAUUCGCCGUUGACGAUAUGGAACCCUUACGGGGGGAUGAUGGCGAGGAUCCCCGAGGACGAGACGCCGUUCCCGCACAGGAAGGGCACUCUGUUCAUGAUCCAGUGGCUGACGUCGUGGCGGGAGGGAGGGGAGGGGGUGAAAGAGAAGCACAUGGCGUGGAUGAGGGAUAUGUAUGGGUACAUGGGUGCGUAUGUAUCGAAGAACCCUAGAUGCGCGUACGUGAAUUACAGAGAUUUGGAGUUGGGGACGAACAACGGAGGAGGAAGAGAGUGGGGGAGAAAAUACUUCAAGGGGAAUUUCGAGAGGUUGGUGAAGGUGAAGGCGGAGGUCGAUCCGUACAACUUCUUCAGACAUGAACAGAGUAUUCCGACAUCCAUCUCUGGUUGAAUUUAAGUACGAAUUUCAUUGUUGUUGCUGUUGUCGGAAUCUAAAUCUAACGGACGGAAUAACAUUUUUUUUUCUGGCUUGUCUUUUUAGGCUCUUCAUUUUGUGUGAUUUCGUUUGGGAAAAAAAAAACCAAUGCGGUAAAAGGGGAGAGAGAAGGAAAUGACAAAGAUGCAUCUUAAUUUCA